GUAUUUUUCACUCUCUCUCACUCUCAGCCUUGCCCCGGAAGUAUUGCAGUCGGCGAGGGGGAGUGAGGAAGAUGGCAGAGUCGGAAGAGGAGGUGAAGUUUUUGGUUCAGAGGGUUGUCAAAGACAUUGCCAACGCUUUCAGGAGGAACCCCAACAUUGAUGAGAUUGGAUUGAUUCCAUGCCUUGAAGCCAGGUACAACCGGAGUCCUGUAGUACUGGUGGAAAAUAAACUUGGUCUAGAAAGCUGGUGCGUUAAACUACUCUUGCCCUUCGUUCAUAGUAAACUUGUUCUCUACAGGCAGAGAAAACUGUGGUUAGACAGGGAUGCUCUGACUGAUCUCACUUGUACUCUACUGCUGCUAAACCCAGACUUCACUACAGCCUGGAACGUCAGAAAGGAACUCGUUCAGCUUGGAGCCUUGGAUCCACUUAAAGACUUGCACCUUGGGAAAUUGGCCUUAACAAAGUUCCCUAAAAGCCCAGAGACUUGGAUUCACAGGCGGUGGGUGUUUCAGAAAAUCAUCCAGGAAAUUUGUCGUCCAAAUUCGAGGAAUAAUUCAGGAAUCGUAUCAACGGAACAAAUGCAUCGAAUAAUCCAGGAUGAGAUGGCCGUGUGCUCGGCGGCUGCUGGGAGGUACCCAAGCAAUUAUAACGCCUGGUCCCAUCGGAUCUGGAUCCUGCAGCACGUGGCAAAGUGCAAUCUCAAGAUUCUUCUCGACGAGUUGUCCAGCACUAAGUACUGGGUGUCCACCCACGUGUCUGACCACAGUGGCUUUCAUUACCGUCAGUUCCUGCUGAAGUCCGUGGCAGGCAAUACCAAGGGCACAGUCAUUACACACGCUGGAGGACUAGCGAAGACAUCUGCGCACAAUAACUUCCACGCUGAUCUUGCUGCGCAUGGGAAGGGGGAAGGUGCUUCCAUGGAAGAGUACACAGCUGAUGUGCCGCUCAUGAUCGAAGAGGAAAUGGAACUUUGCUCCGAUCUCAUCGAGUCUUACCCUGGACACGAGGCACUGUGGUGUCACAGGAGGUGCGUGUUUUACCUUUGGCACUGUUGGAACAGAGAUCAUCUGCAGGUCUCGGUCGACACCUCCAGCAGGAGUGAGGCAAUGGCGAACAGCUUGCAACUGGCCGCUGCAUCCGGUUACUCCCCUCGCACCAUGGACGUUGUCGGGGCGGCAAACUCGUCCAAGCAGAGCUACACGCAGGAGACCAAGCGCUUGAAGCGCGGCCCCUCGCUGGACUUACACAGCCUGCUGGAGGAGCACCGUUUUGUCGACGCCAUCCUCGCAGGCUGCACUAACUCGGAGCAAGCCAGGUUUGCCACUGCUUACAGGAAGUGGCUAGACACUAUAGUAUGCCAGUAGCAGCUGCAGAGUACUCGGCCAUAUUAAACUUAGUCUUAAAUCCAGCUCCCCAACACAGUUUUCUGUUUUGACCGCCGGUGUUGCAUGGCGCUUUUUGUAAAGGUUAAUAUUCAGUACUGUGAGUCCCAUUUUAAAAUGGGGGCUGAACUGAACCUGACCCAAAAAUAAACUACAUUCGUAGAGGCUUCACGUAGAGAUAAGAUUUGCAAACUAAUAUGACAAACACCAGCUGAUUUUUAAAAUGUUGACAUUAGAGGGGCACCAUUUGGCAGAUGUAAAAAUGUAUGCUUGUACAUUAUCCAUUUUAUGUCUAUAAGCAAGUUAACCAAUAAUCGAUUUUUGUUUUGUAAAUAUAUUUGUAACUGGAUAAACUUCCAACUUUUCCUCCUUUGCUUACCCUCAUGGAAAUUAAACCUGGCAAGAUUUCAGCCUCUCGCUACCGAUAAACUAAA